UCUCCUUUGUUCGAUUACUAUUACCCAUGACGUGAAGAUAUCUGGAAUUAUCUUGAGUAUUAACUUGAAUAUCUUAAAGACCAAAAAAAUGAGAAAAAUGGAAUGAAAAAGGAGGAAACCAAGCAAGCAGAAAAAAGGAAACAGCCCACGACUUCGCUGAUCCAACAACAACAUCACACUCCCUUCGUGUUUUACGAAAUCAUCACCUUCUAUCCUCCCAUGAUGCUGCGCAAUCUGGGAAUCCGCGACGAAAUGGGCAAUUCGGUUACAGGAAAGGAGUUUUUCCUUUCUUCUUUUUCAUCUUUCGUGUUUUCUUUUCUUCUUCUUUUUCUGCAUUUGAUUAACGAAAUUGGACGACAUGAGAUCCAUGCCAUCAAUCCAGGCGGGGAUGGAGUUAUGGGUCAAGAGUCGAUGAAUAUGCCUCUUUUUCUUUCUUUCUUCUUUGUUCUUCUUACGCACCCCCUAUUCCCACCACACCAGUUAGUUCUACAUCCCACUUACUUCUUUUUUCUUCAUCGACUAAAAAUCAUGGCUUUACGUCCCCGAUAAUAUUUGGUUUUUGCUCAAUGGCACUACACGCACACAAGUACCUUCUUCAUGAAUAACGAGCUCGCCUGGCCAUUAAUCGAUCCCAUUCCCCUUUCGUUUCCUUUGUUUCUCAUUUCUUUUUCUCGCUGUAUGGGAUGGCGAACAAAGCCUCUCUUCUUACUAUUUUAUUCUCUUUUUUCUCCCCUCCCCCCUAUGGAUUAUCAUCCAGGCUUAGGCGCAGACUUUAGUGAAUUUUGAACUUAUUCCGUUAUUCAUUUAUUUCUUUACUUCU